GGGGGUGCCUGGAGCCCCCCUCCACCCCGGCUGCGCCGCACGGUCAGCGAGACCAGCCUGAGCUCGGCCGCCGCCCCGCCGGCUGCCGCCCGGGGCCCCGAGGAGCCCGGCCAGGACGCCAUGCGCGGCUCCCUCUACGCGUCGCCGCACCUGCUGCUCCUGCAGGGCUACAGCCAGCAGCACGACAGCCUGGUCUACGUGCUCAACCGGGAGCGGCACACGGUGGGCCAGAGGACCCCCUCCAGCAAGCCCAGCAUCAGCCUCUCGGCCCCCGACAUCCUGCCCCUGCACUGCACCAUCCGCAGGCGCCAGCCCCCGGGCCGAGAGCAGGCGGGGGCACAGCUGGUCCUGGAGCCCAUCCCUGGGGCGCCCGUCUCAGUCAACUUCUCGGAGGCGGGGGGCCGGGCCGUGGUGCUGCGCCACGGGGACCUGCUCUCGCUGGGCCUGUACUACCUGCUGCUGUUCAAGGACCCGACGCAGGCCCAGCCCCUGCCUGCCCAGGCCCUGGCCCGCCUCCAGGCCGCGCCGCAGGGCUGCAGGUUGUGCGGUGCCCUGCUCCGGGCCCGGGGUGCCUCCGCCUCCGCGCCGCCCGCCCUCCCCCGGCCGCGGCCGCUGCGCCUGGAGUUCGAGCCCGACGUGGAGGACGCCCUGCUGCAGCGGAUCCUGACGCUGGUGGAGCCGGGCGGCGAGGACCACCAGCUGACCCCCGCCUUCCUCCUCUGCCUCUGCAUCCAGCACUCAGCCACCCACCUCCCGCCAGGCUCCUUCGGGCAGCUCCUGCUCAAGAUAGCCAAGAUGAUCCGCGAGACGGUCUGGGAGAAAACCAAAGACCUCGCAGAGAAGCAGGCGCACCUCCAGGAGCCCCUCUCCGCGGCCGGCUUCAGCCUGGCGGGCCUGCUUCCGGACCUGCGGCACAUCCUCUUCUGGAUGGCCAACUCGGUGGAGCUCCUGUACUUCAUCCAGCAGAAGUGCCCGCUCUACGUGCAGAGCCUGGAGGAGGAGCUGGACGUCACAGGCUCGAAGGAGUCGCUGUUCUCCUGCACCCUCACGGCCGGCGAGGAGGCCAUGGCGGCGCUGGAGGAGGUCGUCCUGCACGCCUUCCAGCAGUGCGUGUACUACGUGUCCAAGUCCCUGUACGUGUGCCUCCCAGCUCUGCUGGAGUGCCCCCCUUUCCAGUCGGAGCGCCGGGAGAGCUGGUGCCCGGUCCCCCAGCUGCCCGAGGAGCUGCACCGCGUGGUGUGCGUCUACCAGGCCACCCUGGACCUCCUGGGGCAGCUGCAGGUGCACCCCGAGAUCGCCGCCCAGGUGCUGGCCUACCUCCUCUUCUUCUCCGGCACUCUGCUUCUCAACCAGCUCCUGGACAAGGGCCCCUCUCUGAGUUGCUUCCACUGGCCCAGGGGCGUCCAGGCUUGUGCCCGCCUGCAGCAGCUGCUGGAGUGGACGAGGAGCGCCGGCUUCGGGGAGGCUGGAGAGCGCUUCUUCCGGAAGCUCUCCUGCACGCUCCACCUGCUGGCCACGCCCAGGGCCCAGCUCAUCCAGAUGAGCUGGGCGAACCUCCGGGCUGCGUUCCCUGCCCUGAGCUCCGCGCAGCUGCACCGCCUGCUGACGGAGUACCAGCUGGCCUCGGCCGUGGGCCCCAUGAGCGCCUGGGAGCCGGGCGCCCAGGACAGCCCCGCAGCCUUCAAGUCAGAGGAGGUGCUGGAGUCCUAUGAAAACCCGCCGCCCAUCGUUUUGCCAAGCGAGGGCUUCCAGGUGGACCUGGACGCGGACUGCCUGGACGACAGCAUCUACCAGCACCUUCUCUACAUCCGCCACUUCCUGUGGAGCCUGCGGAGCAAGCCCAGCCCCAGCGGCGGGGCCGCCCGGCCAGAGUGCCUCCAGAGCCUGCCCCACGCCAGCCCUGAGGGCCACCCCGAGGCCCGGAGCUGCCCCCCGGCUUCCACGGACCCCGGCAGGGGAGCCCGUGAGCCCGGCCUGGAGCGCCCUCUUCCUUCCGAGGGGGAUCCCCGGGCACAGGGCCCCCCGGGAAGGCCGCCAGGCCGCGUGAGCCCCUCGUGCCUGCUCACACCCCCCGGCACCCCGCUCGGCCUGGAGCCCGCCGUCCCUACCUGGCCAGAAGCCAGCAGCGCCUGCGGGAGUGCGCGCCUGGAAGGCAGGCGGAGUGGGCCGAGCGGCCUGCGGGGUGCAGCUCCGGAAGGAGACCGUGUGGCCCCGGCAGACGAGCCCCCUCCGGCCCCGUCCAGCCGCAGCUCCAGCACAGACGACUUCUGCUACAUGUUCGUGGUGGAGCUGGAGCGAGGCCCCUCAGGGCUGGGCAUGGGCCUGAUCGACGGGAUGCACACGCCCUUGGGCGCCCCAGGGCUCUACAUCCAGACCCUGCUCCCAGGGAGCCCCGCGGCGGCCGACGGGCGGCUGUCGUUGGGAGACCGCAUCCUGGAGGUGAACGGCAGCAGCCUGAUGGGCGUCAGCUAUCUGAGGGCCGUGGAUCUGAUCCGACACGGGGGAAAGAAGAUGCGGUUUCUGGUUGCCAAGUCUGACGUGGAAACAGCCAAGAAGAUCCGGUUCCGCACACCCCCUCCCUAGGUGCCCUGCAGGGACAGCCAAGCACCUGCACCUGCUGCUCCCCAGGUUAUGUCACCUUCUGCCAAGCUGUUCCGUGUGGGUGCGUCACCUACGGGACACUUGCCACCGUCCCUUAGUGUAUAUUUUAUUUAUAUGACAGCUAACACCAAGUUGUGAUGUUUGUUACAGAGCUUUUAUUUGAAGAUUUCAAUGGAAAAGUAUAGAUUCAAUAAACUAUCUUUCAUAUGCUAGACGGUGGUGGGGCGUGGAGUCUGGCCCCCCAGAGGGGCUGCCGGCGGGGGUGGGGGGGGGGUGGCGUUCAGGGAACUGCUCCCCUCCCUACCAGUGCGGGAGAGAUCCUGGGAGGACACGGGGAUGGCGGGAUGGCUCUAACUCACUCCUGGUCUGCCCUCCACCCUGCCCAGAAACAAGGAGCAGCAGGGGACAUGCAGGCAGCGCCCGGCCACCCCGCCGAGGAAAAGGGCCAGAGCCGCCUCCUGCCCGUCAGAGUGGGCUUCGCCGUCGGUGAUGCCACGCGCUGCACAAUCCCAAGGAAAGGGUCUAGAAACCCCCGGAAGGUUAUAAAGUGAGAGUCUAGACCUACUCUGGGUACCCACGCCUCCGCCCCUGGGGCUCGCGCCUCUCCUCAUCCGCUCUGCUCGCUAAAGCCGCGGCUGGGCCCUCGCACAGGCUGCCCGGGCCCUUCACCCUGGCGGGAGGCGCGGCCCUGCCCGAGCGCUGGCCGUGCGGGGCCGUGUGGGUGUCAGGGUGGCAGCGGGCCCGGCCCCUCCAGCAGGCUCAGCCGCGUCCUCCUCGCCGGGCACGGGGCCCGCUGCUAGGCUCUGGGCCGGGGCCCUCCUCUUUGGCAGGAACAGCCGGCUGCGGACACCCCGCUUGGGUGGAGGGGGUCCCGCGGCCGGAGGGUGUGUCCAGGCCCGUCCCAGGCGCUCGGCCUCGUGCGGCUCCGCGCUGCCCCCGCUGAGCGCGGACGAGAACGCGGGAGCCUGGCCUGUGCGCGCUUUCCCGGUCCGGCGUCAGGAUCCCCCCGCCUCGAAGCGGUGCCCAAAGGCUGGAUGACACGUACUUCUUAAAAAGCCACUUAAAAUGGAUGGUUGAGCCCGAAAGAAAUCCGUAGAGCCCGGAUGGAAAGGAGGGCCCCGCGGGGAGGGGCGGGCGCGCUGCAGCCCGCGGCGGCUCUCCGGCCGGCGUGUUCGCCUCCGUGUUUCGGGCGCGGAGGGGAGCGCAGCGGGACCGCGCGUCCCUGGCCAGGUGGGCGCCCCUGCGCGCCGUCCUCCUGGCGCAGCCCGGCCGGGUCCUCGCCGCCGCCUCCGAGGCCCGGCGCGCGCGGGCAUGCGGGCGGCUCGGCGGCCGCCGGGCCUUGACCGCCAUGGACGUCUCCCUGCGAGGACGGCGGGAAGGGGACGUGUCGAGAGCGGCCUUGGCUGCGAAGCAGGGCAACAGCCCUUAUACACCUGCGGGACCCAAACUUGCAGCGUCUGAAUGGCCUGGCAGCGCCGCAACCUGAGCGCUCACUGGCACCCAGAGAAAUGGACAAGAGGGUUUUCUGCAGCCUAUGCACUUACGACCUUGAACAGAAGACAAGUGGGGAGUUCUGAGUGGGUCUCCUCACGUGUCCCCUGGCAAGAGCGCUGGGCUGAGCAUGUCGCAUGCUGGGUGUGAUGCUAGCGUCUAAAGAUAACCAGAGGAGAACAAGAUGGCAGAGGAGGAGGACACGGAGCUCACCUCCCACCACGAACACCCCAGAAAUACGUCUAUGUGGGGAGCAAUUUCCACUGAAAACAAACUGGAGACUGGCAGAAAGACUGCUGUGUAGCCAAGGCUGUGAGAAAGACCCAUGUGGACUUGGGGAGGAGGAGAAAUCUGUUGGGACUUGUGCCCCCGUGAGGGGACUCAGAAGAGGAGGGGGAGUACAGGGGCCUGGAGUUCCUCCCUGGGGAGUGAGUGGUUCAAACCACAUACUGGGGCAUCCCAGCCUUGGGGAUGAGUCCCCUUGGCUGGUGUGAAAACCAGUGGGACUAACAGCAGGGCUGUAAGAAUGUGGACUCCACUCGUGAAGAGCGGGCACAGGCUUGCUUACUCCCGAAAUAAGGCAGAGGAAGCAGACUGAAACUGCCCGGGGCCCUAGCUGGUUUCCCGUGAUCACCCCAGCACGUGCCCCAGUCCCAGCCGCAACCGAGCAGCUGCUCCAGCCCCCUCUUGCUCCAGCACUGCUCCCCUUUCAGGGCAAAGAUGCUGUUUCCGGGGAGGGGGGGGAAGUGCACACCUGGAACAGAACCAGCUUGGACCUGACCCUCAGGGCUGCUGCUCCAGCAACUUGGGACCCACCCUGAUAGGGCAGUGAUGGCCACUGAACAGAGAUGCUCCAGCAACCUGGCACCCACCCUGAUAGGGCAGUGACGGCCACUGAACAGAGGUGCUCCAGCAACCUGGCACCCACCCUGAUAGGGCAGUGACGGCCACUGAACAGAGAUGCUCCAGCUCUCACCUGGCUCUGGCUCCAGCCCCACCUCCUACCACUGCGACAGCUGCCACACACCCUGGGGAAGGCGCCACUCCUGCUCCUUUCAGCUUCGGCUCUCCCGCCAAAGCCGCGGGGCACAUGCAGACUGUGUAGGGACGCUCCUACACAGGGACACCACUUAAGACCGUGAGCGAUAACUGUUUCACCUAACUUCACAGAGACAGGAAAAGCUAAACAAAAUGAGAAGACAGAGGAAUUUGUUUCAAAUGAAAGAAGAAGAAGAAAAAAAACCCUGAGAAAACAGAACUGCCUGCAGCCAUACAGCCGGUCAUGUGCUCUCGGGAUUGUUACUCCAAGUCAGUGUCCUCUGUGUCCUCUGUGGUUCUCUACACAACCCAACUACCUACCAUCUAAGGGAAUUAGAAAAAGAAGAAGAAACAAAGCCCAAAGUCAGAAGGAAGAAAAUAAAGACCAGAGAGGAAACAAAAUAAAAACCAAAAAAAAAAAAGAAAAGAACAAUGAAACCAAGAGCUGAUUUUUUGAAAAGAUAAAAUUGAUAAGCCUGUAGUCAGACUGCAACGAAGAGUAGCCUCCACUGCUGCAACUAGAGAAAGCCAGUAUGCAGCAACAAAGAUCCAAUGCAGCCAAUAAAUAAAUAAAUACAUUUAUUUAAAAAAAAAAGAGAGAGAGAGAGAGAAAGCUAUCUAUAUAUGUCUUUAAAAAACAAAAACAAAAAACCCCUUUAGGCAGGUUGACCAAGAGAAAGAGAGGACCCAAAUAAAGUAAGAUAUGAAAGAGGAGAAAUUAAAACUGGUAUCACAGAGAUACAAAAAACCAUGAGAGAAUACUAUCAACAGUUACAUGCCAGUUACAUACCAAUAAAUUGGACAACCUAGAAGAAACGGAUACAUUUCUAGAAACACACAAUUUCCAAGAC